GCGGGGACGCAGCCGUCACUCAUCUUGGCACCGGCACUCCUGGGGAAGGUAUAAAUGCCACCUCCCACCAGCUUGGCUUCACAGGCACUCUCGGGGGCCGGUGUCACUGGUCAUUCUUGCACAGGACAGCCCAUCAUGGCUUCGGACCACCAAACCCAAGCGGGCAAGUCACAGCCCCUCAACCCCAAGAUCAUCAUCUUUGAGCAAGAAAACUUCCAAGGCCAAUCACAUGAGCUCAAUGGGCCCUGCCCCAACCUGAAGGAGACUGGUGUGGAGAAGGCAGGCUCUGUCCUGGUGCAGACUGGACCGUACGUACCGGGGUGGCCUCACCUGGUCAAGGGGGGCUGCCAGGGUGAGGCAACUGGGCUGUGGAGCUGGAAAGACCCAGACAGCCAAGAGCACAGGAUCAUCCUCUAUGAGAACCCCAACUUCAUGGGGAAGAAGAUGGAGAUCACAGACGACGACGUGCCCAGCUUCCACGCCCACGGCUACCAGGAGAAGGUGUCGUCCGUGCGGGUGCAGAGUGGCACGUGGGUUGGCUACCAGUACCCUGGCUACCGUGGGCUGCAGUACCUGCUGGAGAAGGGAGAUUACAAGGACAGCAGUGACUUUGGGGCCCCCCACCCCCAGGUGCAGUCUGUGCGCCGCAUCCGUGACAUGCAGUGGCACCAACGUGGUGCCUUCCACCCCUCCAACUAAUGUCCCCCAUUUCCUCCUUCUCAGGGGCCUGGUCUGCUGCCCAGGACCCCCCCAGACCUCGUGGUGAGUGAAUAAAGUGUGACUUGCAACUGG